GCUGAAGAUACCGGUACAUACCAGUCACACGCAAGUAACUGCCCCCACCGGUUCCUACUCAAUGAGCAAUAUGCUCUCGGGGAUGAGAGCAUAUACGGUGAAGCUGGCGGUGAAGCUGGGGAAACAAUCCGUCAGGAAAUGGAGCAAUUGGUAUUACUGAUCGAGCAUCUAGGGGCAGGCGUUGGGGCGCACCAGACGUUUCGAACCGAUGGUGGCCCACCGCCUCGAGUCCCCAAGAGGCGAUCCAACCCGCAAUCGUGCAAAUCCAGAGCGAGCCAUUACAUCUAGAUCCUGUUCAACACCACUGACGCCACGGGGAAAUCCUCGGCUCAAUUUUCACCGCUGCAAUCGAUAUAGGUACAUAGGCCGCACAAUGCACAUCCGUGGCGCACUGGCGCACUGGCGCCGCCUCCGAGUGAUAGGCGUGGUCUCGGCGUCUCAGAUUACCUCAUCAUCGGUUCAUCCAUCGCGCCUUUCUCACCACAUCCCCUUACGUCCACCUCUGCCGGCAGUUCCAGACACUUCCAGUGGACCGUGGACGUCACAGCGCUCGUCAUUCCGCCUUGGUUCCGGAUUGCAGACGGACGGACACAACAGUCAUCCCCUCCGGGCUCCAGGUGGGGGCACUUACCAUGGGGCAAAAACAGGUAGAACCACCACUCGAGGAUUCCAGUCUGCUCCCCGUUAUUCCACAUACCGUACUUGCCUCCUAGGUCCUACAUACCUUUGUAGCUACUCGCAUGCUCGCCUACCUGGGUACUACCUACUGCCUAGUCAACAUAGGCGCCAAAAAGCACAAUAAUGAGUCGAUAGGAUUCCAGCUAGUUUCCUAGUGUUUCUAGUAUUUCUAUCUAUCCAACUAGCUACUGCUGUCGUGCGACGCCGACUCUCCACAGAGUUACGAAUUUACUUACCGGUGUGCCCUUGGAGUGUGCGCGCUGCGAGGUGCGAGGUGCGAGGUGCGAGGUGCGAGG